AUGGGUUUUACGUAUGGUGUAAAAAAGUUUAGGGCGAAGGCUUUUUUGUUUUUGCACAAAAGGGUUCAUCCUGUGUAUGGCAUCAGUCACCUGAACCUCCUCACCAGGCAGGUGAGAAGCUGUAAAUUACUUGUUGUAGCCUUAAGGGAGGAUAGAUGCCCUAAAGUUCGGGUUGUGACUUCUGAUCAUAUUCAGCAGCAUGCAGCACAUGGAGCAGGAGCUUUCAUCUGGAGCUGCAAUCCGUUGGUUUCUGAGAUUAAAGCAUCACAAAAGGAGUUUGAGGGAAUGCUUCAGGAACACAGGAAAGGAAGGGGGAAAACUCACACACACGGGUACUAUGGGGGUUUGAACCCUAGACCACUUGGGAGCACACCUAAGGCAUGGGCCAAUCCAACUAACACUCCAUUGGGAGUAGUAUUUAGUGCCAUUAUCUCGGCACCUAUUGUGGUAUUUACUGCAGUUACCUGUUAUAUUUACUAG